GUUCCCAGGCCUGUUUGCUGAGAACGCGGCCAUGCUUACAAUCUCUGUGCAGGAUGUGAACGAAGAGCCCGUGUUCUCCAGCCAUUCUUACUCUGCUCGCAUUCCCAGCUCUGUGCCCUACAAAUACCCUGUCAUUACAGUCCAGGCCACAGAUCCAGACUCAGGAGACAAUGGACACCUGCUGUACAGCUUAGUGAGAGGUCAAACCAACGAAUUUGACAUCAAUGAAAACACAGGGCAGAUUUUUACAGUUUCUGUAGCAGGGAAAGCUGGAACAUUUUAUCUGGAAGUCCAAGCUGCCGACCAAGGCACAAGAAGACUCACAGCCUGGACAACAGUCAAUGUAACUGUUGAUUCCAGCUCCAGUAGCAACAUUGUGAUGCUGGUGCUUAAUCAGAAGAUCAAUGUUGUGGAAAGAAAGAGUGUUGAAGUACAAAGGUAUUUUUGAAACUGUGAUGCUUAUUUUGGUAUAAUACUUAAUGAUAAAUUCAGAGUCCCUUUGGGAUA